AUGGACAGCUCUCCCGCCUCGCCUUUGGCCCCCAGGGAUCCCAGCUCCCCUGAAUCUUCGAUCGGCGAACAAAUCGCCACUCUACAGGCCCAGCUUGCCGCUCUGCAGGCCUCGCAACCCGCCGCCGCCGCAGCCGCCGCACCCCCGGCCGUCACCGUCGUGCCGGGGAACGCCGCCACCGCAUCCAAGGUCGUGUUUCCCAAGCACGCUCGUCUGGACGGCCCCAAGUCGUUCACCAACUGGUUGCGUCAACUCCGUCUUGCACUCCCGAACCAGGUUCGUGGUUACGUUCUCGACGGUGUCGUUCCCCCGACCUGGACCGCCGACCAGCUUGCCGCACGUGACGACGCCGCCCGGGAAAUCAUCGUUGGCUCUAUCGACUCCGCCGACGUAUCGGCCACCCUCGACGCCAUCCCCAGCGACGACCUGUCGGCACCGCGCAUCUUUGCCGCUCUCAAGGCUCGUUUUGCACCGGACGACGCUACACGCACUCUCGAGUUGUUCGCUCGCCUUUGGGACUUCAGGAAGAUGCCUGCCUCCGUCGAGGCCUACGACACUUGGCUACGCGAGUACAUGUCGAUUGCUCAGGAAAUACGCGACGCCAAAACAUCGCUCAACGACGUGCUCGCCACCCACGUGCUCGCCAUGGUCCCGUCUUGCCUCGACAGCUUCCGACUCACGUUCACGGACGAGCAGCGAAACCGACGCGACCUUCCCGAACUCACGACGCUUACGGACCGCAUUCGCAUCCAGCUUCGUUCGGCAGGACUCUCGACCUCGCAUUCGGCCAUGCUUGCCACCAGCUCCCCCUGCCCCGCCUGCCGCGCUCCCGGUCACCGCCUGCGCGACUGCACUUCACGUGCGAAGCACCCGCCCACCGGCCCCUGCCGCCGAUGCCACAAGAAAGGUCACUGGGCACUCGACUGCAAGAACCGGGGUGAACAGGCACGUAGCAGCGACGACACCCAGGACGACACGUCUUCCUCCGCGGCCUCGCAACCGAACGUCGGCUAUUUCGCCUCCUGCCUCUUCGCUCGUCGCCAACUCCCAACUGACGCCUUUGUAGUCGAUUCGGGUGCCACGACACACAUGGUCGCCGACCGAUCUCUAUUCACGACUUAUCGUCAGACGGCACACACCAAGAUCGGCGGCAUCGCGGGCGGCAUCACGGCUAUCGGCAUGGGGGACGUGGCAUUCGUCGCCAAGACUGGACACCCGAUCACGCUCCGUGGUGUUCUUCACACGCCUGGCCUACACGUCAACCUCCUCUCUGUCUCUCGCCUCUGCGACACCGACCGCGUUCGUCUCGCCUUCACCAGCGACGGCAUCGACAUCGCCAAGGACGGCCGGGCCAUUGCUCACGGUACCAGGGUCAACGACGGUCUUUACCUUUUGGACGCGGAUCACACCAAGUGUCAGCAUCUUGCCUUCCUCUCACGCUCUGAGUCUCCCGUGCCCCUGCUUACCCUACACCGCUGCCUCGGCCAUCUUGCCCCAUCCUCUAUACAGAAGAUGAUUGCUGCAGGUUUGCUGGACGGGUUUGGGGCCGGGUACAGUGACAAAGACGUAGAGGAGUUUGUUUGCAAUGCUUGCCUUGGUUCCAAAGGUCACCGCCUUCCCUUUCCCGACUCUGAGUCGCAUUCCGCCGAGAGACUUGGCCUCGUGCACAGCGACGUCCUGUCGUUCCCCACUCCGUCCUUGACCGGGAAGCGCUACCUUGUCACGUUUCUAGACGACCACUCUCGCAAACUCUGGGCAUAUGCGAUCGAUCACAAAAGCGAUGUUUUCCCGACCUUCCAGACUUGGCUCGCCGAAGUGGAGUUAGAGACGAACGCGCGGUUGAGGAUCCUUCGAACCGACAAUGGCGGGGAGUACCGAUCAAACGCAUUCACGGAGUUCUGCAAAUCCAAGGGCAUUCGUCGUCAAUACUCUAUCCCUUACACGCCUCAACAAAACGGUCGCGCCGAACGUGUCAACCUCUCCAUCGUCGAGGGCGUCCUCGCUCUCCUUGCGGACGCCCGUCUGCCGGCCACCUUUUGGGAUGAAGCGGCUGCGUAUUUCGUUUAUUGCAAAAACAGGUGCUCACACUCAGCUUUGGCCAAACAGACUCCAGAAUCCGUUUGGAACGGCCAACGCACCACCGCCACCGCCCUCCACCCGUUCGGCUGCACAGCCUGGCUCACGGUCGCCCCGGACCUUCGCAGCAAGCUCGACCCCAAGGCCGCGCGCGUGAUCUUCACAGGUUACGACCUCGCCUCCAAAGCUUUCCGUUUCUUUGACCAUUCCAUCAACAAGAUUGUACUUGGUCGCAAUGCCACCUUCCUCGACGACGACUUCCCCGGCCUGCCAGUCACCACGCCCGUCGAUGCAGACGACACCGACCGUCAGUUCGUCGUUCCCGCCGACACGCCCGCCCCUGCCGUCAAGACGAGGACCCCACUAGUAAGGUCGGCGCACAUGGACGUCUCAUCCUCCCUUGAUGAUUCUGCCAUGAGCGCCGUUGACGUGGCCCCAGGGUACACUGGCGGAACCUUACUUAAUUCCACAGAUACCGAAUCGUCCUCGUCACCGUCUCCUGAGCCGUCCUCGUCACCGUCGCCCACAAACCCUUUGUCACCGUCGCCUGCGCUGUCACCGUCGUUGGCAGCGUCAUCGUCACCCUCGGUCUCACCGACCGACUCUGACUACUCCGCCGACCCUCUGGACCUCAUCGGCUCACAGACCCCGACUCGCCUUGGCCCACCGGACGUGCACCGCCCAGACUUCAGCACGUACCGUGAGCCCGCAUCGGCUGAGGAGUCGCCCGACGAACUCGACAUCAUUGGGCGUCACUCGCGCGAUGAAUCGCCGGAUGAAAUCGAUUUCCUCACCCAACACCACCGCGCCUUCAUCGCCACAGACGACGACGACCCCACCCUCGACGCCAUCGAGCCCGUCAAAUCGAUCACUAGCGACCCCCAGACCUGGCGCGAAGCAAUGUCCAGCGACGAGCACAACAUCUGGGCUGAGGCCGCCGCCGCCGAGUUCACCGCCAUGCGCGACGACUUCAAGGUGUUCACCAUCGAGCCUCGCUCAUCUGUACCGCCGGGCGCCACCAUCGUCACCUCCAAAUUCGUCUGGAAGACCAAGCGCAACGCAAGCGGUGAAGUCACGGGGCGGAAGGCACGUCUUGUAGCGCAGGGUAACCGACAGCGCGACGGCAUCGACUUCUCAGAAACCUUCGCACCCGUCGCCCGUUUCUCCUCCAUUCGCUGCCUCCUGGCUCUUGCCGCUGCCAAUGGCUACCACGUUCAUCAGGCCGACAUCGACAAGGCUUACCUCCACGGCGAGCUCGAUCAUGAUAUCUGGAUGACGACACCACGCGGUUUCGACUUCCCGAGCGAUAAGGUUCUCCGGCUGCGACGCUCAAUCUACGGUCUCAAGCAGGCCGGUCGCAUCUGGAAUCGUCACAUUGACACAUCACUCAGGAAUCUGGGGUACAAGGCAACAGGCACUGAUCACUGCAUUUACUCUCGCAUUGACGAUCAGCAGCGGCCUCACUAUAUCGCCUUGUAUGUCGACGACCUCCUCAUUGUCAGUCCAGCCCUCGACGAGAUCGAACGUGUCAUCUCCGGCCUUGAACAGCGGUACGGCGUCAAACGACUCGGCCCCGCGGAGUACAUCCUCGGAAUCCAAAUACGCCGCCUGGACGACGGUUCCAUUGCUCUAUCCCAGGAGCGCUACAUCAUGGACGUGCUGGCCCGUUUCCACUUCGACACCACGACACGCGGCACUACGGUGCCGAUGACGCCCGGCCUCUCGCUCACGGCAAUUCCGGGUCAGGGAACGGAGCGCAUUCGUUCGUGGUACCUACAGGCCAUCGGCUCCCUCCUCUACAUCUCCCUUGGCACUCGACCCGACAUUGCCUUCGCCGUCUCGUACCUGUCCCGGUUCGCCAACAACCCCGGCCGCCGCCAUUGGAUUGCCGUCAAACACGUCCUUCGCUACCUUCGCGCCACGUACCGCGAUGAGCUUCUCUAUGCCCGCGGCCCAGCAAAAGUCACGGGUGUGGUUGGUUAUUCUGAUGCGAACUGGGGCGCCUGCGUCGACACAUCCAUUUCAACGAUGGGCUACGUAUUUUACUUGGCAGGCGCCGCUGUCUCUUGGUCGUCGAAGCGUCAGACUCGGGUAGCGGAUUCCACCACUGAUGCCGAGUACCUGGCCUUGUCGCACGCGGGUAAGGAAGCGAUCUACCUUAACCAACUCCUCUCCGAGCUCCACGUUUGCCCAAUCGCUGCAGCUCACAUCUUCACCGACAACGAGGCCGCGGCCGCCGUCGCUCACGACCCCGUUCGCACCUCCGGCACCCGGCACAUUCGCCUCCGCGAGCAUUUUGUCCGUGACAUGGUCAAUCGAGGUGAUAUCUCUCUCUCACACGUUGGCACAGCAGACAUGGUUGCGGACGUAUUCACCAAAGCGCUAGGCCCCAAGAUUUUUGGUACACAUUGCUAUGCUCUAGGCCUCCGGACGCGACAUCCACGGCUCAAGUCUACCUCGCGUUCGCGUGGGGGGGGGUGUGAGGAAUCCACUCUCCGCUCGGCUCAGGACUUAGGCGCGCGGAGCGAACCGGGCGCGGACUUAGGCGCGCGGAGUGAGCCGGGCGCCCCGGCCCAGGACUUAGGCGCGCGAAGCGAGCCUGGGACUUAGGCGCGCGGAGCGAGCCUGGGCCAUUGGCUCAGCCCCAGGCUCGCUGGCUGUGGACUUGGGGCGCGCGGGUCUCUUAUUGUUAGCUUCCUAUUCAUCACUCUUGGCUAUAACUACAUCGCUGACGUAGUAGAGUUGAUCGAAUAGGUAUGUUGAAAUGCAUUUAUCACUCUUGGCUAUAACUACAUCGCUGACGUAGUAGAGUUGAUCGAAUAGAGUUGAUCGAAUAGAAGAUUGGUGGUAUUGCAGGGGGCAUCAACGCCAUCGGAACGGGAAACAUCGCCUUCAUUGCCGCCUCGGGUCAUCCGAUCACGCUUACCGGCGUGCUGCACACUCCGGGCCUGUUUGUCAAUCUUCUCUCGGUCUCUCGACUUUGCGACACCGACGAUGUCCGUGUCGCCUUCACAAAACACGGCAUCCACAUUGACAAGGACGGCAACGACAUCGCUGAAGGCGCACGACUCGACGAAGGGCUCUACUUGCUGGACGCUGAUCAUUCCAAAUGUCAGCACCUUGCUCUCCUUUCUCGCUCACAGUCGUCCGUGCCCCUGCUGACUCUCCAUCGCUGCCUCGGCCAUCUCGCACCGUCCUCCAUACAGAAGAUGGUUGCCGCUGGUUUGCUGGAGGGUCUCAGGGCCGGAUAUAGUGACGAAGAGGUAGAGAAGUUUGUCUGCAAUGCUUGCCUCAGCGCAAAGGGCCAUCGUCUUCCCUUUCCCGAUUCGGAUUCGCACUCCUCAGAGAGACUCGGCCUUGUACACAGCGAUGUGCUUUCCUUCCCCGAGCGGUCCUUGACUGGCAAACGUUACCUGGUCACAUUCCUUGACGAUUACUCGCGCAAACUCUGGGCCUACGCAAUCGGACACAAAAGCGAAGUCUUCGGCAUAUUCAAAACUUGGCUAGCCGAGGUUGAACUCGAGACGGGUGCGACGCUGAAGGUCCUCCGAACCGACAACGGUGGCGAAUACUGUUCGAGAGCGUUCACAGAGUUCUGCAAGACACGAGGCACCCGUCGACAAUACUCUAUCCCACGCACGCCUCAACAGAACGGUCGUGCAGAGCGGGUCAAUCGUUCCAUUGUCGAAGGCGUCCUUGCCCUCCUUGUCGACGCCCACCUACCCAAGACAUUCUGGGAGGAGGCUGCAGCUUAUUUCGUUUACUGCAAGAACCUGUGUCAACACGCGGCCCUGGACAAGGCAACACCAAACUCCGUCUGGCAGGGUGACCACACCACUGCCUCGGCGCUUCACCCGUUCGGCUGUACAGCUUGGCUUACGGUCGCGCCCGAACUUCGCUCCAAACUCGACCCGAAGGCGGUUCGCGUUUUUUUCACCGGCUACGACCUGGCUUCAAAAGCCUUUCGCUUCUACGACACUACAACACAGAAGAUUAUACUUGGCAGAAAUGCCACGUUCCUCGACACUGAAUUCCCCGGAUUACAUGGCGACCCCACUGAGCAAGACGGCGACACGCACUUCGCCAGCGCUCCCACCACCGAAUCUCAAACCGUUGUCAAGACAUGGACCCCACUAGUAAGGUCGGCGCACAUGGACGUCUCAUCCCCCCUUGAUGAUUCUGCCAUGAGCGCCGUUGACGUGGCCCCAGGGUACACUGGCGGAACCUUACUUAACUUCACAGAUGCCGAAUCGUCCUCGUCACCGUCGCCUGCGUCGCCCUCAUCACCGUCGUCUGCGCCAUCGCCUGCACUUUCACCAUCGUCGGCUGCGUCAUCGUCACCCUCGGCCUUACCGACCGACUCUGAAGACUCCGCCGAUCCCCUCGACCUCCUCGGCUCACAGCCCCAGGUUCGCCUCGAUCUACAGGACGUGCACCACCCAGACUUCAGCACGUACCGCGAGCCCGCAUCGGCUGAGGAGUCGCCCGACGAACUCGACCUCAUUGGGCGCCACUCUCGCGACGAAUCUCCGGACGAAAUCGAUUUCCUCACCCGACACCACCGCGCCUUCAUCGCCAUCGACGACGACACCUCUGACACAGAGGCAAUUCAGCCAGUCAAGUCCAUCACGAGCGACCCACAGACCUGGCGCGAGGCGAUGUCUAGCGACAAGCGUGAAGUAUGGGCCAAAGCCGCCACCGACGAGUUCACCUCCAUGCGCGACGACUUCAAGGUCUUCACCAUCGAGGACCGAGCCACGGUGCCCGCGGGUGCGACUAUCGUUACAUCCAAGUUCGUCUGGAAAACGAAACGGAACGCACUCGGCGAAGUCACUGGACACAAGGCAAGGCUGGUCGCGCAAGGCAAUCGGCAACGCGACGGCAUCGACUUCAACGAAACGUUCGCACCGGUCGCACGCUUCUCCUCGAUACGCUCACUCCUCGCGCUGGCGGCCGCCAACGGCUUGCACGUGCACCAGGCGGACAUCGACAAAGCAUAUCUGCAUGGCGACCUUGACCACGACAUCUGGAUGACGGCACCGCGCGGCUUCGACCUUCCCAGCGACAAGGUGCUUCGCCUGCGACGCUCCAUCUACGGGCUCAAACAGGCUGGCCGAAUCUGGAAUCGACACAUCGACGCUUCGCUUCGGGCCCUCGGUUACACGGCGACGGGCACCGACCACUGCGUAUACUCUUGGCUCGAUGAUCGUCAAUGUCCACACUACAUCGCACUGUACGUCGACGACCUCCUGAUGAUCAGCCCGGAACUGGCCGAAAUCGAACGUGUCAUCUCAGGCCUGGACCAACGCUACGGAGUCAAGCGCCUCGGCCCGGCCGAGUAUAUCCUCGGCAUCCAGAUCAGGCGGUUCGACGACGGCUCUAUCGCCCUAUCCCAGGAACGGUACAUCAUGGACGUGCUCGCUCGGUUCCACUUCGACACCACGACUCGCGGCACUACAGUUCCGAUGACUCCCGGCCUUUCGCUCACUGCUAUCCCGGGUCAAGGCACCGAACGGAUCAGGUCAUGGUAUCUGCAGGCUAUCGGCUCGCUCCUCUACAUUUCGCUCGGUACCCGCCCUGACAUCGCCUUCGCCGUGUCCUACCUGGCCCGCUUCGCCAACAACCCCGGUCGUCGUCAUUGGAUUGCGGUCAAGCACAUCCUACGCUAUCUCCGGGCCACGUAUCGCAACGAACUCGUGUAUGCUCGCGGCCAGGCUCGCAUCACGGGUGUGGUAGGCUACUCCGACGCGAACUGGGGGGCCUGCAUCGACACAUCGGUGUCCACCAUGGGCUACGUCUUCUACAUCGCUGGCUCGGCCGUGUCCUGGUCGUCCAAACGCCAGUCUCGAGUUGCCGAUUCGACCACCGACGCUGAAUACCUCGCCCUCUCGCAUGCUGGCAAGGAAGGGAUUUACCUCAGUCAGCUGCUCGAAGAGCUCCAUGUACAACCUGUUGCACCGGCUCACAUCUUUACUGACAACGAAGCCGCUGCUGCAGUUGCUCACGAUCCUGUCCGCGUCUCUGGCACUCGGCACAUACGCUUGCGUGAGCACUUCGUUCGGGACAUGGUGAAUCGGGGCGACAUCUCUCUCUCGCAUGUGGGUACCAGCGACAUGGUGGCCGACAUCUUCACCAAGGCUCUCGGCCCAAAGGUCUUCUCAACGCACUGCUACGCCCUCGGCCUUCGCACUCGACACCCGCGGCUUGGGUCUGCCUCGCAUUCGCGUGGGGGGGGUGUGAAGAGUCCACUCUCAGCUCGACAGGGGCGCCUCGGUCGUUGCGCGCACUUGCUAGCCCGCCCCCGGCGGUGGGGACUUAGACGCGCGCGACUGCCUCAGCGCGCCAGCGCCGGCGGAUUCAUGCGCGCGCCCGCUAGCCCGCCCCCUUGCGGUGGGGACUUAGGCGCGCCGGCGAUUUCACCCGCGGCUGACUUAGGGAUGUACAUUGUCACGCGCCUGGGACUAUCCCAGCGUGGCCCCCCCCUUUCUGUUUCUUAGCUUCCUUCUCAUCACUUCUGUUCGACUCUCAACCUCUCCUGACAGUAGUGGUGAACGUCUCAUAGGUACGCUGAAAUAGAUCACUUCUGUAUUCGAUCAACUCUACUACGUCAGCGAUGUAGUUAUAGCCAAGAGUGAUCAAUGCAUUUCAACAUACCUAUUCGAUCAACUCUACUACGUCAGCGAUGUAGUUAUAGCCAAGAGUGAUGAAUAG